AUGUCGCGCACGGUCGCCAUCAUCAAGACGCACGCUGUCCCGCGCAGGCUGGACAUCGAACAUGGUCUCUUGGAGGCCAAAUUUGAGAUUGUCAAAGAGCGCCCAAUGGAAUUCGAUACUGAAACCGAUCCUGAAACGUUCUACGAACUGUUCGACUCGGACGCCAACUUUCUCAGCGAGGGUCCAGUCUGGGUAUAUGUUCUCGACCACUCUCGUCCCGCCGUCCAAACCCUGCUCACUCUCCUCUCUUCCUUCGACAAUGACCUCAUCGCCGCACGUACAGAUGCCCAAGUCGAGAUGCAGAUAGCAGCUCUAUUCGCAUCGAGCCCGCCCUUCCCUCCAACUGAACUACCGCCCAUACCGGAUGAGGAAGGAGGGAUGGUGCCAGAGUUCGAUGCAGGUUCUAUACGCUCGAUCAAUUCUGGUGUGCUAGAAGCACUCCAAUUCGGUCUAGAAGCCCGUCUUGCUUUACCAGAUCCGACCACGUUUGACGGCAGUGCCGCUGGACCAUCCAACACGCGCGCACCUGCAUUUAUGGACGCUCGUUCAACCCUCGCGCUCAGCGAUCGCACCUCCAACACCAACUCUUCCUCCAACGGCGCGGGAAAGUCACCCUUCCGCGCUCGUGCACUCCCCAAAACGCAUCUCACGCCCGACAUCACUCCUCGCCUUACUAAAGCAGCUCUCCUACGACAAUCACUGGCGGCAACUUCUUCCGGCUCACCUGGCAAACCUAGACCCAGACCUAGUACCAUGGGAACGGCUAGCACAGGCCGUCUUCCUACCUACACGAACAAAGAGAAUGCCGUGAGUAAUGAUGCACAGGAGCGAGCACGGAAGACGUUUGCAGGUGUACCCGGUCACAAGCGAGCCGAGACGAUUGGUGUAGCAUCGACAAGACCACCUGUGGUAGCCCCGAGAUUGACGAAGGCGGCAGCCCUGAGGUUGGGUCUGGAGAGGCCUGCUACCCCACCUGGUAAAAAGGGUCCCUCUUCUGUCGGAAGCGGUGGUAAAGCCGUGAACGGAGGAAAUGGGUCACAUCUGUCGAGAGCGUCUGUUAGUCCACAUACAGGCGCUUCCACCACUACGCCUGCGGGAGAGGGCAACGGAGCCGAAAUUGAAGUUGAAGCCCCGCAGCCGAAGAAGGCCAUCUUCGAGGGUGUUCCGGGUCAUAAACGUAGUGAAACGAUUUCGGUCUGUAGCGUCUCCCAACCGCCUUCCAUUUUACCGCGCACGAAUAGGAGUGCAGCGCUCAGGAAAGAGGGUGCGCCUCCGCCAAGUAGUUUCAUGUUCCGGACACCUACGGCACCCAAAACCCCCGGAUCGGGGUCGGCAUAUUCACGCAGUUCGUCUGUGAUGAGUGCUUAUAGGGAUUCCCGCACCAAUAUCGGUUCAGCUCGAUCUCAAUCGACGGUUCCACCUUCUCGGGCGUCCUCCAGGAUUGGCACGAACGGUCUUCAGAGCACCUCGAACACGACGUCCUCUCCCUCUAACAGCCAUGCUUACCUCAGCGAUCCCGAUGCGUAUUUUGUAGACGUUGACGAUCCGCACGCGGCUAGCCCCACUGCGCCUACGCCUACAUCUCGCUCGCGUCGUCCAAGCAGUCUUCAAGCGCCGACGAUUGCCCCUCGCGUCAAUAAAAGCGCUGCUCUACGCGCUCAGAAAGCUGCUGCUGAUGCUGCGAAACCGAAGAGUCCGUAUGCGAAUGCAUCAAAGCGGUAG